AUGCCCCUAUUCAACUUGAAGAAAUCCAGAGCGCCGGCCAACCAGUCUGCAAGUCGCUUCUCUGCCCGAUCCGUUGAGAAUCUGGUCCACCCCGCGUCUCCACAGGACCACAACUCCAACUACGUGGACCGCCAUCACUCAAACAACCGCCUCGCCUACGAAGAACCCACCAGUCCAAUUCCACAACCUCAGCCAGACUUGUCUCAACCUGCAUUACGUCGCGCUCAAAGUCUCCGUCAACAACAACAGAAACAUCCUCACCAAAAGCCACUGUCUCAACAACGCGACCGACAGAUUACCACCCCUGAGGACUCACAGCCUCGUCGUAUAGGCUUAUUCCAGCGCCCAACCUCCGGCUUUAUUGAUCGCAAUUCCGCUGUCACAGGGAUCAGACAGGUCUCGCAACCGCUCUCCCAGCCAAGCUCCCCCCGACACCCACCACCUUUUGAAUCCCAAGAACAACAGCAACAUCAACAACAACAACACCAGAACAUCUUCCCAGAAGAGGAAUCACCGACAGACCCACCUGCCUAUGAGCCGCGAUCGACGUCACUAGCCUACCAACAUCAACACCUUCAACACUCACAACGAUCUCUCCAUCACUCCCACCCCUCUGUCAGUAGUGAUAUUCAGGAGUGGUCGCCGCAACAGCCCGUUGAACCACAACAGGGCCAAUUACUCAUUCCGCCAGGGCUCAGCACUGACCCAACCCUGGUUCAACAGUACGGCCGACCGUCCCCGACCGACCGUACUCCGGAUUCUCCUCGCUAUCUCCCCGAACACGGCCACCGGGGCCCGACGUUGUCUCGCCCCGAGUACGAUCUGGUAUUGAACACUUCCCGGCCCCCUUCCCGACAGACUUACGAGUCCCUUUCCCCAAGUCGUCUUCAAACCCCUCCUGACGCCAUGCAGCAGGCCUCCGCACAGGCAAUACCUCAGGGCCAGUCCACCGAUCGACUAUCGGGGCAACAAGAGCGCAGGGGGAGCACCACCCAGAACAUGCCGACGGAACAACAUUCCCGGAACACGCCAACGGGGCCGCGGACACGCGAUGAGUUAGAGAACCUUGAUAUUCGAGCAUUGAUCCAAAAACAUGAUGAACUACAGAGUAAAUACUCCAAGGUGAAGCGGUACUACUUCGAGAAAGAGGCACAGGUGCAGCAUCUCCAGAACACCGUUGCACAUCAACGAAUGGCCGUUUCCCGUACUGUGCUAGAUGACAAUGAAUAUACAAACCGGUUCCAGCGACUGGAUGGGGCCAUCAAGGACCUUGCGUUCUCCGUGCGCAAGGACUGGCGGAUCAUUCCAUCAUGGCUGCAGGGGCUGACAACGGACGAUGCCGUGACGGUGGGAACAAAGGAGAUGAUGGCACUGGGACGUGCAGUGGUCAGUCGCUGGCUGAUGGAGGAAGUCUUCCAACGACACUUUCAUCCAGGGCUGGAACCUGGCCUGAGUAUUCAACUGAAGUCGAUUGAGAUGAAUCUGCGCCGACAACAGAUGCGACCAGUCACAGACGAAGACCGUGAGAACGCCAUUGCCAAACUCUCCAAUUGGCGUCGCACCACCUUCGACGGGCUGGGCGAUACUCUUGCAAACCCCACUGCUCAAGAACAUCGUGCCGAGCUGAUCGAGCACUUGACCGUGGAACUGGCCACCUUCCUCAGCAACCAGCUGCAGGACCAGGCGCUCCCGGGCCUGGAGGCCGGCGUGCGGAUGAUCAUCGAAAAUACCAUUAACAUCAUUGAAAAGAUCCCGUUGGAAGCUCGCGAUGUCUGCGUCGAGUACUUCCCACCCAACAUCUCCUUCCACGACAACUACAUGAAGGUCGAAGGUCAACUGCCUCACCUCACGCAGCCCCCUCCACCAGCGGACCAGGAAGUUGACGACGAAGGUGAUUCCUCGCCCGCCUCAAACUCCACCGGACCCGGUGUCGACGGAACAUCUCCAGCUCCACGUGAACCUCGAAGAAGAUCCGUCUUCGGCGCCUUGAUGGGUCGUCGACCCGCUGCCGACCCACCUGCUCGCCCAGCCGCUGGAACGGAGAAGACAGAGCAAACUGAGCCGUCUCGGAUCCGCUUCGCCUCAUUCCUUACUGUCGAAGUACGCGGCAAGGGACCCGCGACGGUGUUGAUCAAAGCACCCGUGUGGCUGAUCGAGUAA